UGUCAAAGAAAAGUGACAUGCGGUUUACAGUUCUAGUAUGAGUGUUCCUGAUAUUUAAAUUUGUUUUUUUUUCAUAUCAUAAUAUAAUUUAUGUAAUGUCUUUAUUCGACAACGCUGUAUUCAAUACAACCCUUUACGAGGCCCUGUAUCUUCAGAUCGGAGAUACUUUGUCGUUCGCGAAAGAUUUCUUUGAUUCUUGUGUGUCGUCAUUACCUUUAGAAAAUUUUCCCAAAUCAUUCGUUAAUUUCAACGAAUUGUCUUUUUACGAGGAGAUUGCGGAGGUUUUUUAUUUCAACGAGUUCCAGUUUUUGUUGUUGAAAACGUUCCUCCUGAUUCUACUGUUCACUUUGUUAUUGAUUUUCGUUUCGUGGCGUGUUUACGGUAAACGCAUUUCAGAACGGUUUAUGAAGCCGGCUACAUCUGCCACAAUCGAACAAUUGAAAGAAAGUGUGUCAAAGUUAAAACUGCCCAAAGAACACACACCCAGAAUCUGAAAAAAUGAAUGACAAAAUAAAAAAAUUCUUUCAAAAGAAGAAAGUUGAUGCAAAAUUUAAAUUGGCUGGACCGGGUCAUAAAUUAAGUGAAUCCACUAUAAGUGCGGCAAGUUCAAACUCUUCUAAAAAUGAUCCGGUACCUAAACGGUCAGGGUUGUCAGAAGAGAGUAAAGUUGCGGCAGAGGCAGCCCUGAUAAGGUUGCAACAGAAGAGGGAAAAUCCGGCAUUUAACACUUCACUUGCUGCUAUACAGGCACAAGUUAAGAAGGAGCUGGAAAAUGAGAAAGCCGCAGCUUCCAAAUUGGAAACAUCUACAUCUGAAGAGAGAAAAGAAGUGGAGAUAGACCUGCCAAGGAAUUUUGCAGCAUCUGGUGUAUUUUUCAAAUGUCCUAUAAUAAGUGAUGAAGUACUUCCACGGGACGAAUGGAAGAAAAACAUAAAGACAUUCCUGUAUGAACAAUUAGAAGAGGAAAGGGGGUUAACAGCCUGCCUUAUAAUACAAUCUUGUAAUAGCAACAGAGAGAAGAUCGAAACAUGUGUUGAAACGCUAUGCAAAUAUUUAGAGAAUAUUACCAACAAUCCGGAUGAAGACAAAUAUCAUAAAAUAAGAAUGUCCAAUAGAGCUUUUUGCGAGCGAGUAAUGCCUAUAGAAGGUGCGAUGGAACUGCUAUUAGCAGCUGGGUUUCUUCAACAAAAGAUAACGAACGCGGAGGGCGUUGAGGAGGAAUUCUUAGUUUUCAACAAGGAGAUUGUGCCCUCUAUGGAAACCUUAACGACGCUAGUGGACGCUUUGCGUACAGCCGAGCCGAUACAGUUAGAGUUGGACAGGAAUCUGCAAGUUUUGCUUCCGUCCCAAGCGGCAAGUAAAGUGCAACUACCGCCGUCCUUCUACGCACUCUCGCCUGAGGAAAUAAAACGGGAACAACAGUUGAGAACCGAAGCGAUAGAAAGGAGUCAGAUGUUGCGCACAAAAGCGAUGCGCGAGAAGGACGAGUUGCGCGAGAUGCGGAAAUACAAAUUCGCCAUUAUAAGGAUACGUUUCCCGGACGGGAUUCUAUUACAGGGCACAUUCUCAGUUUACGAACGCUACAACGAGAUACACGAAUUCGUCCAAAGCAACUUAGAACACAGCGGUCUACCGUUCCUACUAAAUAGCCCUACUGGCCAUAAACUACACAUAGAAGAGGAAGCGAACAAGACCCUUAUCGACCUUCGAUUAGUGCCGGCAACAGUGCUCACUUUCGCCUGGCACCCGUCAGUUGCAGAAGAAAUAAACAACAGUCCAAAUAAAGAUGUAUAUCUCAAGCCAGAGGUAAUGGUAUUGGUACAAGAUAUAUAAUUUCGAUUUAUAUUGUCUUACCGAAUUGUUAAUCAGGGUUUUAUUUUACAUAAUUCACAAAAAAAAUUCGCAUAUUUGCUACAAUAUUACUAAUUGUGUUGGCGAAUUGGCUGUAGGAGGGAGGUUCCGUUAUUUGAUACGUCACUCACCCGACCUCCCCCCUAAGGGAGAUAAUGUGACGAUACAAAUUAAAUAAAUUAAUAUGCAAAUAAAAAUAUCUUAAUGAUAAUGUAUGUCUUACAAGGUACAACCGAUCAAUGUUUUAAUUAAGUUGUGUUUGGAGAACUGUUCGUCACUGAUUAAUAAUGGUUAAGGCACAGCGCAGACUUAUAGCUUUGCUAGUUUAUGAUAAUCGGUAUGCGACAAAAAGUCGUGCGAUUUUUUGUCAGUAAAUAUAUUAUGCUUUAAUAUUUAAUGUUGAAGAAAUAUGAACGCAACCUUCAUUCUGAUGUAAUUUAUUAUGGCAUAGUGUUUCUUUUUAAAACAAGAAAACUGUUCGCACUGUCUUUCAUGCUUCAACUCGUGUAACUCUAAUAAAAAGUAAUUAUAACAUGACCGAUUAUAUAACUCAGUAUUUUAUCAAACAUAAACUCUACAUAGCUUUUAACUCUAUGCAAUUUUUAUUUAUUAUUUGGUAUUACGAAUUUAGGCAGUGUACGUGAUAAAAAUUCGUGCGACUUUAUGUCGGUCGGCAAAUUUUAACUGUUAUUAAAUCCCUCUUUAAUAUUAUGUAUGUUAUUAUUAAAUAUAUUGUGCUCUCACGUCCAAAUUGCUGAAAAAGUUAUAAUUUGAGGCUUUUAAUAAACAUUGUACUAAUAGGAAAAUUUUAUAUCUGUAUGUAUUGAAAGACAUAUAUUGAAGCAAAUUGGAAGAUUUUUUUAUUUUAAAUUAAAAUCUUGUUUAUUUUUUUCUAAGGAAGAUAUUUCUAUGCACUGAUUAUUUCCUAUAGAUUUUUUAAGUUUAUUAAGUGUAAUCACCCUGUAUCGCUUGUUGCUUAUACAGCGUGUUGCAAAACGAAAUUCUCUACCAUAUUCAGAAGAGAAAAAUAAAUGUAAACAAACGAGUAACCUAUUUUCAAUUCUAGAAUUAAUUUUUGCAAAACGUAAUGUGUUGAAACCCGCCAUAGCGGCCCACGUAAGUGUGUCGCGUUCCUGGAUCAGCCUAUGUAUAUCCAGUUCCAACAAGCCGGCAUAAUUGUGUCCACUGAGGUUAGAUAAUCAUCUCUUUAAGUCGAUAUUGUAUCUUAACUCCGCUUUUAAUUAUCAGAUGCAGUCCCUUUGUCAUUCUCUCUAUCUAUAUAUUAAUUUGUUAUACAUAUUUUUUUACUUCCCUAAAUUUGGUGUAAACAUUUUAAUGUUAUUUGCCGCACAAAAACGGAUUUGCCCCAUGAUCCCAGGCAAAAUUUUAUCAAUACUAUUAGAACUAAUCUAUAUAAUAUUAUGUAUAUAAAUGGAAUAAAUAAAAUAAGAGCUAUGCAACUGUUUAUUUAAUUAAUAGAUUUUGCAGAGAGUGUAUAAUACUAUGAUUAAAUGCCAAUUGUUUUGUAUGUUAUAAAUUUUAAAAAUAUUUAAAUACAUAUAAUUCAAGAUCAUUUCGCGAAAAAUCAGUGAAAUAUUGAGUAAAGUAUGUACAAUAUCUGCAAUUCUAUUAAUAAAUAUAUUUUAGUCCGGAUCGAUAAACUUUGAAUAAAGUAUAAACAAAUAUUUCAUAGACUAAAACCCGUAGUGUCGCGUUCCAGGAUCAGCCUGUGUAUAUCCGGUUCCAACAGCUUGAUAAUUGUGUUCGACUGCUGAGGGGUAAUCCCUCGUCACUCGAUAUUCUAUUGGACCCCACUCCAUUCUACCAGAUGCAGUGGGGUUACUAUAGCGUGCACGUAUAAAAAAACUACCUUAAUACAAUUCAUCGCACUCUCCCAAUAUGUAUUUGUUAAUCAAUGGCAAUACUCAAUAGUCAUAUGGGAAAUCUAGAAAAAACUGUACCUACUAUUGUCACCUAAAAGUAACUAAAUAUUAUGUUUUAAUCCCCGAAAGUAAGGAGUAUGCAAAAAUUACAUUUCCCUGAUCUUUCGUAUAUCUAAGCGAGCUUAUUUCCGUCCCCUUAAGUGAUAUAAGCAAAAAAUGUUUCUAGAGUCGAAAAACAGUAAUUUCCAUCAUUCGGCCUACAAUUAUAACCUCCUUGGUUACACACUAUGCUCUUAAGAGAGGAAAAUAACUUCCAAUACAUUGUCUAUGCUUUUUGUUUACAUUUUACGCAAACUUUGUUGGUCCAUAUCAUAUAGAUUAUGUAUGUUAAUAUAUAAUUAGUGCUGCAUAAUAUAUAAUGUAUGGAUAUGUUGGCUCGCGGUGUGCUAGAAAAGAUUUUAAUUGUUCCUCUGGUAUUUUCAUUGAGUAUUACACAUAUUCAUAAAAUAUAUAGCAUGUUUAUUCUUAUCUAUUGAAAUGGAGAAAAAUAUUUCCAUUUCAUAGUAUAAAUUAUAAAAUUUAAAGGCAAUAUGAUGUUAAAGGGGGUGUUUCGUACAGUGCUGUGAAUCGUGACUGCAAAAACGGGCGAAGGUAACUUUGAAACGCAACCGCAAAAACAUAUGGAGGUAAUCGUAACGCGAAUAUCUACCUCGAAAAUUUAUAUGAAUUUAUUCAACUUAACAGUGUUUGUGGUGCUGUAAACAGCAGAUCGCGACUGCAAAAAAGACGGGAGAUCGGUUCGCGGAUGUCUAUGCUGGUAGUUCAUUUUGAAUAAGUCCACUUAUCCCUAUAACUUAGCAGUGUUUGUGGUCAUCAGCGUGUACGAAAUGCCACCUUAAACAUUAUCAAAUUGCUAUGAUGGAAAAUAAAGAUUUCCAUUUGAAAAUAUAUCUUAAUCACAUUGGCACACGGGCUAUGUUAGCUCUUGAUUGAAUUGUUAAAUAUAAAAUAACAUUCGAAGUAUGUGGAUAUAUUCAGUUAUGCUAAUAUUGCACUGUUUAAAUUUAAUAUAAAGCCGCGACAACCAGAGUAGCUUCUAAUACUAUUAAUAUAAUAUUAAAUGCAGGCCUAUGUAUAAUUAUUGAAAGCUAUAAUUUAAAAAAUCAACAUUAUAGUCAUAUAAAUUUCUGGUUAUAAUAUGCUAAGGACCACUAGCGUCUAUUGCAUUAAUUAUUGCACUAAUAGAGAUGAAGCGUUGAUGUAUUUUAUAUUUAUUUAUUUUUCAGAAGACAUACUGAUAAAUAACAUUAAGUUAGAUUACAUUAGUAUAUAAUCAGAUUAUUAAUAACAAGCCUCCACAUUUCAGUGCAAAAAUAUCGAUGUAAAAAAAUGUAACCACAAAUUAUCGUGUUAAUUUUACGUUUUUAACAUUAGGGCGGCUUCAAAUUAACCGCUCGGUACAGCGCGGUAACAGCGCUGCGGUCACGUGGCGCGGUAAAUCUAUAAAAAUUACAAUACAAACGACUCUAAAGUAAAUGGCCUAAGGGGGCUAUUAAUUUGCCUCUAAGUGCCGCACGGCUGCAGCUCGGCAGUUGAGGCAUGUUUUAUAAUAUGGAUUUACCUUUCCUCGUGACCGAAGCGCUGCUGUCGCGCUGUUACGUUGAAGGAGCCCUAACCCAUUUGGCGACAUUAUAAAUAAAGGUCGUAGAUAGAUGCAAACAAAAUAUGCUAUAUUCUUAACUGUCGAUGCGUGAGCAUUGCGUUGCCAUGACAACUGAUUAAUUUAUUCACAGACACUACACACGCGCAACAUUUGUUGUACGCGUCAGUUUAGGGUCCACCUAUAUCUUAACACUUAUUGAGAUUUAAGCUGCCCUGGAUAUCGCGGCGUCAAAUAAAAAUGUAAUUUAUUGUAUGAACGGAAAGUUGAGACUGUUAUGGGCGAUAGAAUCGCUUUUUAUUUAUUUUCAUUAAAUAAAUAUCUUAUAAGAUUGUUAA